AUGAAGCACUUCAUCACCCUCGCUGCCUUCGCUGCCGGCUCCAACGCCCUCGUUGGCCGUAGUGAUAGCUGCUGCUUCCACCUCACCUCCUCCGGCGGUGCUUCUGGCGAACUCGGCCAGCUGAGUGAUGGCCAGAACCGUAUCGGCGAUAACACCCUGUCGGCAGCUCAGUACUGCAUCGACUCCAAGGGUGCCAUCACCGACAACAAGGGCCGUGGCUGCAUUCUCACCCCCCCAACUACUCAGUUCCAGUGUGACGAGGGUGCCACCCCAACCCCAGGCUUCUCAAUCAACUCCAACGGCCAGCUGGUGUACGACAACAACAGCAACUUCUUUGCCUGUGAGACCGGCCAGAGGGGUGGCCUGAACGUCUACACCACCAAUAGCACCGAUGUCACCCAGUGCACGAACGUGGAGCUCAAGGCCGACUCCUGCUCCAACUCCGGCUCUGGUUCCGGCUCCAGCGCGUCAUCCUCUGCCCCUGUCGUUCAAUCCUCCUUUGGUUCCUCCAGCAUGCCGACGGCUCCUGUCUCUACUCCUGGCGGUGGCUCUGGCCCCGGUGGUGCUGGCUCGGAGUCUACCCCCGCUGGCUCGGGUUCCGGUUCCCAGCCUACUCCUGGUAGCCCCGGCUCCAGCUCUGGCUCUGCUGGCGGCGGUGGUGUCCCCUCGGGCUCCACUCCUAGCGGCUCGGGUGCUGGCGAGUCUCCCCUGCCUGGCUCUCCCCAGACUGUUAUGACUACUGUUACUGUCACUGAUUGCAGCUGCUCUGCUUCUGGUCUCCCUGGCUCCCCAAGUGGUGGUGGCUCUGGUGCUCAGCCUAGUGGUCCCACUGGCGGCUCGCAGCCCCCUGGAUCUGCCCCUGGUGGUGGCGGUGGUGGUGCUCAACCCUCCGGGUCUGCUCCCGCUACUUCUGGAGGCGGCGGUGGUGGUAGCCAACCCUCUGGACCUGCUCCCUCUGGCGGCGGCGGCGGAGGCAGCAAGCCUUCCAUGACUCCCUCCGUUUCUCGCUCCGGUGGUGGCCCUGAGCCCACCGGCUCUGCAACUGCUUCGGUCCCUGCUGACUCGGCUUCUUCUACCCCCUCGGCCAGCCAGUCUUCCAGCGGUAGCUGCCCUACCAACCUGAAUUCCGGCGACUACCAAUAUCCUCACCUGAUCAUUCCAGUUGACUCGACCAAGCCCAACGAUGCCGCAGGUACCUCUUACAACGGUACUGUGUCCUCGACUGUCUCGACCGCUUUCAACUUCGACAUCCCGGAGUCUUACGCCGGCAAGACUUGCAGCCUGGUCUUCCUGUUCCCCCUGAAGAAGGACCUCGAGACCACUGACUACACCUUCAGUGGUGACGGCAAGAUCGACUUCGCUAAGCUCUCUUCUGUUGUCAGCGAAAAGACUACCUCCAACAACAUGCCCUCCGUCGCCCAGGACCUUGGCGACAUCACCAUCUCCCCCGGCAACGGCUACGUUGUCUCCAGCUUCUCCUGCCCUGCCGGUACUACUGUCGCCUACGAGAUGAAGGAGGCUGGCAGCACUAACAUCAACUGGUUCAAUGACUGGAACCCCUCUCCCCUGGGUCUCUUCAUCACCACUUGCUAA